CAGAACCACCUUACUUCCUCUCUCGAUCCGCACGGAACUUUGCUAGCUCAAGCCUCAUCAACAUCGCUAUCAGGUGAACAGACAAUCACAAUGACUUAUAAUAUGGAGAAAUCAUGCUCUCUUCUUAUUCAUUUCGACAAAGGAACACCGGCACUUGCCAAUGAGAUCAAGGUGGCUCUUGAAGGAAACGACGAUACUGCAAAGAUAGACGCCAUGAAAAAAGCCGUUAUGCUUUUACUGAACGGAGAAACACUACCACAGCUUUUCAUCACAAUCGUUCGUUACGUCCUUCCUUCAGAGGAUCACACGGUUCAGAAACUACUCCUUCUUUACCUUGAAAUCAUCGCAAAGACGGACUCCAAAGGAAAAGUCUUACCCGAAAUGAUUUUAAUCUGCCAAAACUUACGAAACAAUCUCCAGCACCCGAAUGAGUACAUUCGCGGUGUAACUUUGCGGUUUCUUUGCCGUAUAUGUGAAACCGAGAUUAUCGAGCCUUUGAUCCCUUCCAUAUUGGCCAAUCUGGAGCAUAGAAAUCCUUUCGUAAGGAGGAAUGCCAUACUUGCGGUGAACGCGAUCUACAAGCUUCCACACGGGGAUCACCUUUUGGUCGAUGCACCAGAACUGAUCGAAAAAGUGUUAUCAACAGAAGCUGAUCAAUCCGCAAAGAGAAACGCGUUUCUUAUGCUUUACACAUGCGCCCAAGAUCUUGCGGUUCAUUACCUUUUGACCCAUGUGGAUAAAGUGUUCGAAUGGGGCGAACCGUUACAAAUGGUCGUGUUGGAUUUGAUACGCAAAGUGUGUCGAUCGAACACACGAGAAAAAGGGAAGUACAUAAAGAUCAUUAUAUCGUUGUUAAACGUACCUUCCGCUACUGUUAUCUUCGAAUGCGCGGGAACACUGGUUUCGUUAUCUUCCGCUCCCACCGCCAUCCGGGCCGCGGCCAGUACGUAUUGCCAGCUUCUCGUCAGUCAGAGCGACAACAAUGUGAAGCUUAUCGUGCUUGAUCGUUUAGACGAACUAAAAGCAUCCCAUAACGAGAUCAUGGUUAAUAUGAUAAUGGACGUGCUCCGGGCACUCUCGAGCCCAAACCAUGACAUUAGGCGUAAAACACUCGAUAUCGCUCUUGAUUUAAUCACCCCUCAAAACAUUAACGAGGUCGUUCUCACUUUGAAAAAGGAAGUGGUGAAAACUCAAAGCGGCGAGUUUGAGAAAGACGGUGAGUAUCGUCAAAUGCUUAUUCAAGCGAUUCAUUCGUGUGCGGUCAAGUUCCCGGAAGUUGCGGGCACAGUUGUACAUAUGUUGAUGGAUUUCUUGGGCGAUAGUAAUGUCGCUUCGGCGAUGGAUGUAGUUGUUUUCGUGAGGGAGAUAAUCGAAACGAACCCGAAGCUGAGGGUUGCUAUAGUAACACGCCUGUUGGAUAUCUUUUACCAGAUACGAUCCGCAAGAGUGUGUUCGUGUGCUCUUUGGAUCAUCAGUGAGUAUUGUCUUUCGCGUUCGGAAGUGGAAAGCGGGAUUACGACGAUAAAACAGUGUCUCGGUGACCUGCCGUUUUACUUGGCUUCGGAAGAAGGGGAAUGUAACGAAUCGUCUAGACGGUCUCCACAAGUGAACUCGAUAACUAUUUCGUCUAAACGACCUGCUAUUCUUUCUGAUGGAACUUACGCCACACAAAGUGCAGCUUCGGAAACCGCUUUUUCUCUACCUACUGCGGUCCAAACAACGUUGAACUCAGGAAACUUGAGAUCUCUUCUGUUAACCGGUGACUUUUUUCUUGGUGCGGUUGUGGUUUGUGCAUUGACGAGACUUGUGUUGCGGUUGAUGGACGUUCAGACGUCGAGAGUUGAAGUGCACAAAGCGUCGACUCAAGUGUUGCUAAUCGUGGUCUCGAUGUUGCAACUUGGUCAAUCUUCAUUUCUUCCUCACCCGAUUGAUAAUGAUUCUUACGACAGAAUUGUACUUUGCUUAAGAUUGUUAUGCAAUCCCGAUGAACAUGUGAGGAAAAUAUGGCUGCGGUCUUGUCAUGAAAGUUUUGUUCAAAUGCUUGUCGAGAAACAGUGGCGUGAAGCCGAGGAAAUAAAGGCCAAGUCUCAUGUUUUACACGCGCAACCUGAUGAUCUCAUUGACUUUUAUCAUUUGAAGAGCAGGAAGGGCAUGAGCCAGCUGGAGUUAGAAGAUGCGGUUCAAGACGACCUAAAACGUGCUACCGGCGAGUUCAUUAAAGAAGGGGAUAGUGAAAACAAGCUGAACCAUAUUGUUCAACUAACCGGUUUUAGUGACCCGGUAUACGCUGAGGCAUAUGUCAACGUUCAUCAUUAUGACAUCAUCCUUGACGUAACAAUCAUCAACCGAACGAAAGAAACCCUGCAAAAUCUGUGUUUGGAGUUAUCAACAAUGGGUGACCUUAAACUCGUUGAGCGUCCACAGAAUUACACUCUUGCCCCUGAAUCAAGCAAACAGAUUAAAGCAAACAUUAAGGUUUCGUCAACUGAAACCGGGAUCAUAUUUGGGAACAUUGUUUACGAGACGUCAAAAGUGUUUGACCGUAAUGUCGUUGUCCUGAAUGAUAUCCAUAUCGACAUUAUGGAUUACAUCGCUCCUGCUGUUUGUGGUGAUGCAGCUUAUAGAAGUAUGUGGGCUGAAUUUGAAUGGGAAAACAAGGUUGCUGUCAACACUAUAAUUCAAGAUGAGAAAGAAUUCCUAGAUCAUAUUAUUAAAUCAACCAACAUGAAGUGCCUAACUCCACCGUCUGCGCUGGAAGGUUACUGUGGAUUUCUGGCUGCUAAUUUGUAUGCGAAGAGCGUUUUCGGAGAGGACGCUUUGGUAAAUGUGAGUGUUGAGAAGCAGGCAGAUGGUAAACUAAGUGGAUAUAUCCGAAUUAGAAGCAAAACUCAAGGGAUAGCUUUAAGUUUGGGGGACAAAAUAACUCUUAAGCAGAAGGGUGGUGCAUGAUCUAUGAUUCAACCGUCAUCUUUCCCAAACCGGUUUGGCAGUAGCCGGUUUACUUGAAUUUUGCAGAGACCGUUGCAGCAAAGUAAUUUGAUAGUUUAGAUAUCGAGUUUUGUUUAUAAGAGGUUGAUACUUGUUGGCCUCUGUUGAAGGCUUGGUGGCUUACUAUAACGGAUAUAUUACAAAAGCAAACUCAGGAAUGACGACUAUAAAUAUGGUCAAUAACGAAAGACUAAACCGAAAUCGUGCUAUACAAACUGGUGGUUCAGCACCCUUUGGUAUGGCUUCAGUGAAGGACCCAAUUUUUUUUGUCAGGUCACUUUUCGAAUAUGUAUGGUGAACUGGUGGUACUUUUCGUGUAUUACACAUGAAAAACAAGUAUCGGAUACUAGAUAAUACAUAAAUAAAAAUUCCCCGGGUCCUGUCUGGCUUUAACUGUUUCGACAUGACCAAAGUUUGAGCAUGUCGUAACACUAUUUAGUAA